GGAUUUCACUGUUAACUCGUUCACCGCCGUAGGCACUGACGUGUCCAUAGAUGAAUUAGUUGUAAAUUCAAUAUUCAUUUUUUUAAAGUGCAGCGACUGUGUGUUCCACUUUUUAUAUCUGUGUGAGUAGCAGUUUACGAACAAAGAAAAACAACUAAACAAAAUGACAGCGGUGCUUUAGAUCACGAUUUAAUUUGUCCGGUUUUUAAUGAUGCAGACGCACUAUCAAAACGGGAGGCACUAGGACCCAGAGACGGGCUGCCCCGUCGACGUUCAUGCGGAUCUCCAUCGACCCCGCAGAAGUCGAGGACUGCGCCAUGGCCCAAGUGGAGAAGAAGGCAGGCUUGCUGAGGAGGUCUUCGACCCCUAAGAAACCGCUGACGGAGAAGGUGGUGCUGAUGUACGACGAGAUCUUUGCGGUUGAAGAUCCAGCCAAGGACAAACCUCGCUUCUGGGAGGAACUGUUCCUUAUGAAGGCAAACCUGGAGUACCUGGAGGCGAAGCUGGAGUCUCUGGAUGGAGAUGAGGUGACCAAGAUCCAGGACAACAUUAACCGGCUGUUCCACCACUGUGUGCGGACACUAAGCGAGGAACACCAGAUCAAGGUGGUUAACGCCUUGCAGACGCUGUGUGCCCUGUUCCGGGGCGUCCACCAGAAAAAUAAACCGUCGUCGGGCUUCGACAUCAUCAACAUGCUGAUGGGCUUUGACAAGGCGGAGGCUCGCAUGAAGGACCUGAUGGAGAGCCUGGAUGCCCUGCUGUGUGGAGAUGGAUCUGAAAGCCUGAAGGGCCUCUGUCUCAGGAUGCUGCUUUGUUUGGUCACGGUGACUGAUAACAUCAGCCAGAAUACUCUCUUGGAGUAUGUCAUGAUCAACAGCAUCUUUGAGGCUAUUCUACAGGUUCUUUCGGGGACCCCCAGCAGACCGCAGCAUGGGUACGAUGCUGUGGUCCUGCUGGCACUCCUGGUCAACUACAGGAAGUAUGAGUCGGUGAAUCCCUACAUUGUGAAGCUGUCUAUAGUCGAUGACGAGCCCACCCUUAAUGGACUUGGGAUGGUGAUCUCGCAGGCCCUGACGGAAUAUAACAGGCAGUACAAGGAUAAGGAAGAGGAAAACCAGGGAGGCUUCUUCUCUGCAUUCACCAACAUGGUGGGCAAUAUGUUCAUUGCUGAUGCAGAAGAGAAGAUAUCAGUGCAGACUAACGAAGCCAUUCUCUUGGCCUUGUACGAGGCUGUUCACCUAAACCGAAACUUCAUAGCCGUUCUCGUGCAGAGUCAUCCAGAGGUCAAUAUUGCGACCACGCCCACCACGCCUGUCCCAGUCACACCCACUACACCCCUAGGCACGACCCCCCCUUCCCUGGACUUGAUGAACUCAGCUGAGCUGCCCCUUGACCCUAACCUUCAAACAAGCAACCUGCUCAUCACCUUCCUGAAAUACUCCUCCAUCGUCAUGCAGGACACGAAAGACGAACACCGACUCAAUAGUGCCAGGCUGUGCCUCAUCGUCCUCACCUGUAUCGCAGAGGACCAGUAUGCCAACGCCUUUCUGCACGAUGACAACAUGAACUUCAAGGUGAACCUGCACCGAAUGCCCAUGAGGCACAGAAAGAAGCCUGUAGACCGGAACAGCCCCUCCAGGCCCCUGGUGUGUGCGGUUCUAGACCUAAUGGUGGAGUUCAUCGUAAGCCACAUGAUGAAGGACUUCCCCAUGGACCUGUACAUGCGCUGUAUACAGGUGGUCCACAAGCUCAUCUGCUAUCAGAAGAAAUGCCGUGUCAGGCUGAGCUACACCUGGCGGGAGCUGUGGUCAGCACUCAUUAACCUCCUGAAGUUCCUCCUGUCCAACGAGACCACAUUGCUGUCAAAACACAACAUCUUUCAGCUGGCACUUCUGGUGGUGAACCUCUUCAACAUGUUCAUCACAUACGGCGACAGCUUCCUGCCCACACCCAGCAGCUACGACGCGCUCUACUACGAGAUCGUCCGCAUGCACCAGGUGUUCGAUAACCUCUAUUGCAUGGUGCUCAGGGUUUCGACCAACACCGGGCAGUGGAAGGAGCCAGCCAGCAAGGUCACGCAGGCGCUCGUCAACGUCAGGGCCAUCAUUAACCAUUUCAACCCAAAGAUCGAGUCGUACGCUGCCGUGAACCACAUCUCCCAGCUGUCUGAGGACCAGGUCCUGGAAGUUGUACGCUCCAACUACGACACUCUGACACUGAAACUGCAGGACGGCCUUGACCAGUUCGAGCGUUACUCGGAGCAGCCUAAGGAAGUGGCCUUCUUCAAAGAUCUGGUGCGAUCCAUCAGCCUGAAUGUGCGCAGGAACGUGUCUCUCAGCGCCCUGAGCCAGGACGUCCUCCUGAAGGAAUUCUCCUCCAUAGCUUAAACACGAUGACUGGCUUGCCCUUGUCAGAUACCCCCCCCCCCCCCCCCCCCGAUCCUCUCCUGGAUGGA